CAAGGUUACGUGCAACCGCUGAGGCUUUGCUCUGGCGGGAGACAAAACCGGUAUCGCGCCCGCUUACACCCACGCUCUCUCUCACGUCCAUCUGAACUUGCCCCAUGUGGUAAUACAGCCACAGUCAAGAGUCGAUGUAGUUAGGGACUGAGCAAAAUCGCUAUUUUUUUUUUUCUUUCCUUUUAAUUCUUCUUAUCAUAAACACACACUCAACUCUCGGCCGACCAUCAAGUGACCUCUCAUUCUACACACUCCAAAUCUACCGAAACAAUGGCGGACACUAUCACUACUACGAGUACCGCCAAGCCUCGAAGGGAAUCGAGAGAACCAAGAGACACAGGAUUCCCGGAGCCCUUUAACAAUGUCCGAAACACCACACUCCCACAUCCAGAUGCGGAUCUUUCACCCAACGCUUGUCUCACUCAAGAAGAUAUCGAUCCUGACCGGGCACUUAUGCGAACUCGGCGAUCUUUCCUAAGGAAGAAACGACGCACUCUCAACCAUGGGCGCAUUACCCCCACUUCGGAAGCUCUCUACAGUGUAUUCUCCCUGGUUCAAUCUGAUGUUGGAGAUAACGAGAGUAUCAGAGCCGGCAAUCCAUCUAUGAACAGCUUCCGCCCAUCUACAUCAAGCAUCCGACUCUCCAAGGACGAGACCGAUAGUCUCGCGUCUAGGACCACGAGGAGAGACGAAGAGGACACACCACCGACUUCGCCCGACGUACCAACCCAUCGCUCUAAGAAAGGAUUUAUGAGCAAGUUUCGGAGGAGCUAGAGGUGUUCUGUCUAGAAUCCUCCGAACAAACGGUACAACACCUCGCUCAGAUCGGAACAAUCAUGAUUUCUACAACGACGUAUACGGCCGAACCUGAUGACCUGUGACGACCGCAUCACCGAGAUGCUUUUCUUCCGAAAAAUCACUUUCUUUUCUUUUCUUUUGUGGACAGCGUGGCGUUUACCUGGAUCACGGUUUCUUGAUCGGCAAGGAAAAGUAUCGCCUGGCAAACAGGGCAAAUACUUGGAUAUUAAAGUCCCUCUGGU